CGUCUGACGUAUUUCUGUCGCUAAAUCCUAAGGUAGCAUUGAUUUAGCAAUCUUAUUAACUGAUUAAAAAGGUUUCAAAUCAAUUAAAUAAAUUGUCGUGCGUUAUAUCAAGCACAUUUAAUUGUAUUUUCCAACACCAAUAGUAUGCGAUGAUGAUAACACCUUUAUAGCAACAAUGUUGGACUGUUAAGUGCUAUUCUUUGGUUCAACUUUACCCCGGAAAUGUUUUAGUAUAUACGGUUACUAUAUCGCAACAUUGGAAUGUUAAUCGCCGAAUAAUACUCUAACUGAUCAAUGAAGCCAUUUGUCAACGAUGGCUCUGAUGUUGUGGAAGGAGAUAUUGCUUUUGACUGGACUGGUGGUGGGCUGCUACUGGAACAGCCUGUCUUGUGGUUUUGUGUUCGAUGAUGUCUCGGCCAUCCUGGACAACAAGGACCUGCGGCCUGCCACCCCUCUCAGCAACCUCUUCCUCAAUGACUUCUGGGGCACACCCAUGGCUGAGGAGAGGAGCCAUAAAUCUUACCGCCCUCUGACUGUGCUCACCUUCCGGCUGAAUUAUCUCUUCAGUGAACUGAGUGCUGCGUCCUACCACCUGCUAAAUGUGGGCUUGCACGCUGUGGUGUGUGUGCUUCUUCUGGUGUUCUGUCGUCUCUUCCUGGACAAGACCUCCAGCUUGGUGGCGACCCUGCUGUUUGCGGUCCACCCCAUCCACACAGAGGCUGUGACUGGUGUCGUGGGAAGAGCAGAACUCCUCUCCUCCAUCUUCCUCCUGGCUGCAUUCCUGACCUACACCAGAUCUAAAGGAGCCGACCACUCCAUUGUAUGGACUCCCAUUGCUUUGACUGUGGUUCUGGUAGCUGCGGCCACAUUAUGCAAGGAGCAAGGCAUCACAGUCAUUGGCAUCUGCUGUGUCCACGAGGUGUUUGUUGCACAAGGGUUCACCCUGCCCAUGCUGUUAGAUGCUUUGCUCCAGGUGCUGAGGGGUAAAGAUGGUUUUCCAUAUGCCAUUCUGCAGACUAUACUGAAGCUUAUCGUCCUCAUUAUCAGUACUUUGCUGCUGGUCAUCAUCAGGGUUCAGGUCAUCCAAUCACAGCUUCCCGUCUUUACCAGGUUUGACAACCCUGCAGCGGUCAGCCUGACUCCCACCAGGCAGCUGACCUUCAACUACCUGUUACCUGUAAAUGCUUGGCUACUUCUCAACCCCUCUGAGCUGUGCUGUGACUGGACCAUGGGGACCAUCCCUCUCGUGGAGAGCCUGCUGGACCUGAGGAACCUGGCCACCCUGGCUUUCUACAGCCUCCUCGGCCUGCUGGCUUACCACAGCCUGCGUCACUCACACUGUUCCGCCAAAACCAUCCUUAUGGCCCUGUCUUUGAUCGUGCUUCCAUUCAUCCCGGCCUCCAACCUUUUCUUCCCUGUGGGCUUCGUGGUGGCAGAACGCGUACUCUAUGUGCCCAGCAUGGGAUUCUGUGUCCUUGUGGCCCACGGCUUCAGGACCGUCUCCAACAAGGGACAUUUGAAGAUCUCCUGGCUGAUGAUCGGAGUUCUCCUCGCAACACACGCAGUCAAGACCUUCAACAGAAACUGGGACUGGGAAUCUGAAUACACACUGUUUACAUCUGCCCUGAAAGUCAACAAGAACAAUGCCAAGCUAUGGAAUAAUGUCGGUCAUGCUCUGGAAAACCAAAACGAUUAUAAAAAAGCUCUGCGGUAUUUCCUUCAGGCCACACGAGUCCAGCCAGAUGACAUUGGAGCCCAUAUGAAUGUGGGAAGGACGUACAAGAACCUGAACAUGUCCAAGGAUGCUGAGGAUGCCUAUCUGGUUGCCAAAUCUCUCAUGCCACAGAUCAUUCCUGGGAAGAAGUAUGCUACCCGAGUGGCGCCCAACCACUUGAACGUGUACAUUAACCUAGCCAACCUGAUAAGAACCAAUGACUCCCGUCUGGAGGAGGCUGACCAGCUCUACAGGCAGGCGAUCAGCAUGAGGCCUGACUUCAAGCAAGCCUACAUCAGCAGAGGGGAGCUGCUACUUAAGAUGAACAAGCCUUCGGAGGCCCGGGAUGCUUACUUGCGAGCCCUGGAACUGGACAACGCCAAUGCUGAUCUCUGGUAUAACUUGGCCAUUGUCAACAUUGAGAUGAAGGAGCCCUCUGAAGCCCUGAAGAACUUUAACCACGCCCUUGAGCUCAACCCACGCCACAAACUGGCCCUCUUCAACUCUGCCCUGCUCAUGCAGGAAUCUGGUGAGCCCAGGUUCCGCCCAGAGGCCAACCGUCGUUUCCUGGUCUACAUCCAGGAGGAACCCGACGAUGCCAACGGCUACUUCAACCUUGGCAUGCUGGCCAUGGAUGCCGACGAGAACGCUGCAGCGGAGCGCUGGAUGAGGGAGGCCAUUCGCCUGCAGGCGGGUUUCCGUAGUGCCCUGUUCAACCUGGCUCUGCUCUACUCGCAGUCCAGACGGGAGCUGGACGCCCUUCCUGUCUUGGACGAGCUGCUGCGCUACCACCCAGAGCAUGUCAAAGGUCUGAUACUCAAGGGGGACAUCCUGAUGAACCACAAGAAGGACACCCAGGGGGCCAAGGUCUGCUUCCAGACGAUCCUCCGCAUGGACCCCACCAACGUGCAGGGGAAACACAACCUGUGCGUGGUCUACUUCGAGGAGCGAGACCUGCCCCGGGCCGAACGAUGCCUGGAGGAGACGCUGGCCAUGGCGCCCCACGAGGAGUAUGUGCGUCGCCACCUUGGCAUCGUGCGUGGUAAAAUGGCAGCCAUGUCCGCAGCAAGGCAGCCGCUAAGCCCAGCGCCGGCAGAGGGAGCCGGUGUGUCUGCCAACCAGGAAAGAAAAGAGGAGGAAGGGAGGGGAGCCACCACUGGAAAUGGGGAGGGGAACGGGAAUAAGAAGAAUGUGAGGAAAUCCUCCUCGACAAAAACCCUCGCAGGCCAAUCACACAGCCAAUCAGAGCAUCUGGGCACUAGCCAGACUGACCAGCUGCAGCGGACUAAGAGCAAAUCCACGAAAGAGAUUAAAGACAUAGAAAAGAAACGGGCAGCCGCCUUGAAGAGACUGGAGGAGAUUGAACGCAUAUUAAGUGGAGAUUAGCCUUGUUGUUAUUUACAGCAGAGUAGAACUACUUUUUGUAAAGCUAUUUACAGCCCCUGAAUCACAUAUGUCAUGCAUCCUGACCGGCCAAAUUGCCUAUGUAGUGCAUGACUUCUGUUCUGGGCCCAUGGGGUGGUAGCACAGUGUAUUAUGUAGUGAAUAGGGUGGUGUUUUGGCCAUAGCCACAAACUGUGUUGGUUUUCAGAAGCAAACAUCCGGUGUCCUUUAUCAUGCAUGCUCUUUUGUUUGUUUAGGUUAUCGUGUGUACAGGCUGCCCUGUCUGCUCUUAUUUCAAAACCACUCCGAGGAGGAAAAUCUGGUUAUAUUUUUAAAUGUUUUUUCAAAUAGCACAAGAGAAACACAACGUAAUAUAAGGGAUGGGGAUCAUGUUUACAUGUUUUUUAAUUAAAGAAACAUGAAAUAUCAUGUACACUACAAUGCAAGAUAGAUGGGUUUGCCAGGUGAUUUUGGUCAACUCUGACUGUAAACCCUGUGUAAAUGCGGCGCACAUGUGGCUCACCUAUAGCCAAUUUCUAUGGCAAUGUAUCCUCUACAAGUAGCGUGCUCUGGGGCAUGUUGAGUCACAGUUAACUCCACUGACACUGAAUUAAAUAACCAGUGUGUGAGUCGGGGAUCAGUGGAAUCACACUCUUUAUCUCUCACAUACUGCGUUUUAAAUACUCCAUUGCUCUUUAGUGGUGAUGGUGGAGAAAAAAAAAAUACGGAGUAUAUAUUUCAAUUAUCACGCUUUUUUGUUUACAAAUAUAAUAUUAAUAUUAAAAUAACAUUACAAAACUUCGUUGUCAAUAUACUAUUUGUUGAUAGGAGUGGGAGAGCUUUUGCUUUGCGUUUAUAAAUCAAGUGCCUAUACUGAAGCACAUCGAGUAUGUUUAGUAGUAAAAGAAAUGUGACAUUUCCUUUGUAAACGUCAUUGACUAUUGAUUUUGAGACUUGAGACUUUUUUCUUUCACUUUGAAUCAGCGCAAAUUGAAGCAUAGCACAGAGUCUUGCCGCGGAACCUCCGUUCAAUGAAAAGGUCAGUGUUCGACACUCAACAUGCGAUAUGCACGUGCAUUUACAACAUGCGAUAUGCACGUGCAUUUCCAGCUGGAGAUUGACCGGAGGAUAUGCCACAUCCACACGCGUCGCUAGGCAAUAGUAAAGCCUGGGUAGAUGUGGCUCAUUCUUAGUACACCCUUCUUUUAAUCUUCACUACAGAUGCAGUUUCUGAUUCUUGAAUGUCAUCAUAUCAUCCCUAUUUAUGCUUUGAUGUUGAUUUGCCACAUUCUAAGCCAUUUUGUGGAUCACUGGAUUAUAGUUUCUAUCUGUUUUAUGUGUGACAUUCGCUGUGGUGCGUGGCCAGGUUUUGUUUUUGAUAUAUUUUCUUUCAGAAGGAAUAUUGGGUAUUAAAAACAAUUAAGGGAAAUGAUGUAACGGUCCCAACAUCAGGCAGGAUCUCUGCGUACUGUAUCCAAAAUAGCUUGCUUACGGGCUUCCGUGCCAGCGUAGCGCACUACCACACCCACCCUAUGGAGCAGAAGCGUAGCCCCCCCCCCCCCCCCCAAUGACAUCACCCAUUUACUAUUUUCCCUUAUUGAUCUCGCUUCCUGUUUGUUAUGCAGUCAGUCUUGCGCUUUUCAUACAAUUUCAUUUCGGCCCGUAUCUUAGUGAUGCAAUUUGGAGCCGUUGUCGCCAUUCAUUUGUCUGCACAUCCCCCACCCGCCGACCCACGGCUCACACGCACAGACGCACCAAUCCGAUCCGCCACAUGACAGACGUAUGGUUUCCUGCUGUUUGCCUCCGAGGGUAUUAGUUUUACUCUCUACAUAAUCAUCAUAUCCCUCAUGUUGCAGAGAAAGCAGGCGUCUUUAGCAUGAGGAUUUUGACACAUGCCUUUCCCCCUCGCUCCCUCACCCAACUCUCCCCCUCGGGCUUACCAUGUGUUGUUUCUCAUUUACACAAGAAGUGUUUUUCAAUGAGGCAUGAUUUUACAGCAGAACUUCAUGUUUUAGACAGAAUCAUUUCCUGCUGCAGUUCAACUCUUUGACCUUGUUAUUUUUCUCUUCCUCGUCGUCUUUUGUGUAGUGAACAUCAAGACUAACCCACAGUGAAUGUAGUUAAGUGUUUAUAUAUUCUGUGAAAUGUUCCUCCCCUACAUUUCUACCCCUCUAUCUGGCUGAAUUUGUGAUAUAUAAUUGUAGUGCAAUCUUGUCUCAUGGCAGCAACUCCAAACAGGUUUGGGAUAGUCAAUGUUCAGCAAAUGUAUACUCUGAAACAUCCAAGCCUUUCUGAUUCUUUCCACACAACUGCUUGCUCUACCUGGAAAUAGGUUACCGGCAUGUUGCAACCAGGAUGUAUUUGCUAGUUUUUUUCACACUUCACUGCUUUUAUGCAAACUGGCAACUUCCUUGACAUUGGUGGUGAUGCACAUUGAGCUUCUUUGGAUUUAUCAACUUUUUCAAUCUGUUAACACUAACAUUGUCAUUCAGUGGGUCAAGCUAGAGAUGUGUCAUAAACCCUUAAGCUUUAUGAUGCAAAGCCUGUGAUUGUUUUGCUUCUCCUUACAAAUGUAUUUAACCCCUCAGUGUACCAUGAUGGUUUGAAUCCUCUGGCCAGUUUUCUAAGAGUUGUCAUGAUUUCAUUUACCAGAUAAGAUUACAUGAAUAGAAAUAAAAAGAAUGAAUAAUUGUUGUGGAGAAAAAUAUAGUUAAACAAUUAAUUUGGAAUAGUAGUUAUCAGUAGAAACAGCCUAACUCUUUUUAAUUAUUACAGUAAAAUGUGAUGUGCUUGCUAGCUUUGUUACAAAGUUUUUGUCUUUGAAAUGCAUUUUAUUAGAGGUAGUGAUUGUAGUAGUAAUGGCAGUACCUGAUUGUAGUAGUAAUGUUAAUACCUGUUUAUAUUUGUGUUUAGUAGGCUACAUUACACAUUCUAUACAAUGCUAGAUUAAUUAGAUAUGUUUAAUCUUUCUUUGAUUUGAGUACUUGGGUUGUUGUAGCGUCAUUUUUAAAAGAAACUUCACUUAAGUAAAUUCUUUAAGAGUAGAUGAAGUAGUGAAUUAGUUGGCAGCUUAGUAAACAUUUUUAAAGUACCUUCCCGAACAUUGCUAAUAAUUUACUUUAUUGACCACUCUGUAUUUAUAAUUUUUCUAUGCAUUUAAUCUUAUCUGUUCUGAAUGAAUCACUUUGAAAAAGCUGGACCAUGGUUAUUUUGUUAAAGGACUGUAGUUUUACUUUAAACCUAUUAGUUUCCUUUCUUCAUUAUAACUGAAACAUGCCGUUACAACAAAUCAAACAUGCCUGUCGAUAAUGACUACUCAAAUGGUAAUAUUUGCUGACAAGAUACAUUUCUAAUAUUUUUUGUGUGAUAUCGUUGAUUUGAGGCUCUAGAAUCUCCAAGCAGUUUCAACAUUAAAUAAUACAAGUUUGUGCUAGAGGGUUUAUGCGUGGUAUAAUUCUUUUUCGUAAAAUGUGAGCUUUUAGCCCUUUCAUUGUUUGCCACUUCAGAUAUACACUAUGGUUCACUGUUUAGCAUAGCAGUAUUAUCAUGCAAGCCACAUACUCAUUGUUAGAAUUGUAUCCAUGCAGCGCAUUCAAUUAUGUUCACGUUUGACAAAAUCCUACCUGUGAAAUUGGAGUUGUGGGUGGUAUAUGUUGGUCAUUAAAAUGCCCCCCCCCCCUAACAUUUCAAAUAUUAUUUAAUAACCAUAUCUAUCACUUCCUGUAGUACAUAGAUGUAAAUGUUUAAGUUUAUUUAUUUUUGACUUUGUAUGGUACGAGCCCAGGGGUUUACUUGGCUCCAGGGUGGGUGACAGUGGUGGAGGGUUCAGGGUGGUGGUUUUCAAAUAAAGACUGUUUACUGUU